ACAAAGAAAACAAAAACAAAAAAGAACAACAACAACAAAACCUGUAGCCAGUGUGAGCCAACCAGAGACACGGGGACCUUUGCUUAGGUUCAUCUUAAGUAUUUGCUUGACCCAAAAUUAGCCUGUAUUUAUCCUAACCUUAAACAUUAUCCUAACUUCCCCUAACUUUAAUCUAGUCAAGGAUUAAUCCUUCAAUGAUUAACAUUAAUCUAACAUACCCCAUUAGAUUUCCCCCCAUUUUCUGAUUUCUUGAUAUAAAUCUGCACCAAAACUUAAACUCCUCUAAGCUUGAUGCUACUGUACUCUUGUCCACCAGAUGUCAUGGCGAUCAUCCUUUCGCUGCUCAAAGUUUCGUCACAUUUUUGGAAAGUCUGCCACCAAGGAGCACAGCUACGACGGGGUGCCAAUCACGCGUAGUGUCCACGACAACCACUACUGCUCAGCCAAUCCCUGCUUCAUCGCUGUGGUGACUGAGUGCGCGGGAGGCGGGUCCUUUUUAGUCCUGCCCAUCCAUCAUACAGGCAGAGUAGAUCCUCAGCAUCCGAGGGUUUGUGGCCACAGCGGCAGAGUCCUGGACGUCAAGUGGAAUCCAUUCGAUGAUUACUGCAUCGCCUCAUGCUCAGAGGACUGCACUGUGAAGAUCUGGGAUAUCCCAGUCUGUGGAGUCCAACAGAACCUCACCAAGGCCAGGAAAACCCUGAUUAGCCACUCCAGAAGAGUGGGGCUAAUUGAGUGGCAUCCAACUGCUGAGAACCUUCUGCUAAGUGCUGCCUAUGACUACAAGGUCCUUCUCUGGGAUGUAUCCCAGGCUGGUGCAGUUAUCAGGUAUCCAGUUCGGGUGGUGCUGAUGCCCAUCCACCACCGCUACCCAUCUGAGGCACUGCUGCUUUCAGUCAGCUUCAACAGUGAUGGCAGCAGGCUGGCAGUCACAUGCAAAGACAGACACGUUCGAGUCCUGGACCCUCGGACAGGAAAGAUUUUACAGGUAUCAAGCAGUAACUCACACAAGGCCAACAAAGUUUUAUACAUCGGGGGGUUGAAGUUGCUUCUGUCCACUGGCAGCUCAUCUUGGAACCACCGGCAGAUCGUCCUGUGGGACCCUGAUGACUUAUCUGAACCCUUAUAUGAAGAAGAUCUGGAUGGGUCAGCUGGAGUACUCUUCCCGUUUUAUGACCCAGACACACACAUGUUGUAUCUGGCUGGAAAGGGUGAUGGAAACAUCCGGUACUAUGAGCUAAGUGCUGAAAAACCUUACAUCAGCUACCUGACUGAGUACAGGUCCCUGCUGCCACAAAAAGGACUUGGGGUGAUGCCAAAGCGUGGCCUAGAUGUGACCGCCUGUGAGAUUUUCCGGUUUUAUCGCCUGAUUGCCAUCAAAGACCUGGUGGAACCACUGUCCAUGAUCAUACCACGCAAAGAGUCAGGAAUUUUUCAAGAGGAUCUGUACCCAAUGACAGCUGGAAACCAGGCAGCCAUGACCGCUCAGGAGUGGCUGUUGGGGGUCAACAGAGGCCCAGUGCUGAUGUCCCUGAAGCCAGACCCUCGAGUACCCAACCCUUACCCAGAAACCCCAGCUGAGAAGGGGCUGGUGAGGCAGCUUAGCUCCCUCAGGUUUCAGAGCAGCCCGGCUGCAGUGACAGAGAUAGGCCAAGACUUUAUAGAGGAGGUUUUUCUGGAGGAGCAGCUGUCCUAUCAGGAUGCCAAAUAUCCCAAAGAUCUGAGCGAUCUGUCGGGGUGGCAGCCAGACGAGACCCAGGUCCCACUGUGGACAUACUGCUGCACCCCGCACUGCUGCGAGCCUGCUGAGAGACCGCCACCAAUGACCGAGUGUGAGCUACUCCAGGCAUUUUACAAGCAGCAGGAUGAGAUCAGAGGCCUGAAGGAGGAGCUCCAUCAGAAAGACAUGAAAAUUGCUCAGCUGAAGCAGGAUAUCAAAAACACCAGAAAGAACAUGAGAGCGACCUUCUGAUUCAGACCCUGCUGUGUAGGAGGGGCUUACAGAGACAGCGUGACCCACAGACAGCGGAGUUAUCCUCCACAGACUGGACUUUGUAGUUGAAGCCACAACUCUUGUUUUCCUAAAAUUCCUGAAUAUGGUUUAUUUGAGAGCAGAGACUAUUUUCCUUCAUACUUCACAAACUACCUGAAACACAAUGGUCACCAUCGAAUAUAAGAAACCCUGCGUCUGGGAUGAUGGGAUGCAAAAAUGCUAAUUUCUUAAAACUCUUGAAUUAAAGCUGUCCAAAUACUUAUGGAGCUAAGUGUAAUUAUGACCACAUGCAAGGUGCAGUGAUGUCAGGCAGCAGACACACACCACCUGCUCUAGUGACUUUUACUGGUGCAAGCAGGUUGGAAACAAUGGAAGGGGCAGAAGGACACAGAUCUUCUUGUUAGCAGUUUGCAAACUAAUUUCAAGGGUAAGAUACAUGACCUUGCUGUUUUGGUAGGCCAAAAGAGCUAAAAUGCAUAAAUCGCAAAACUCAUGAAAAACACAGUGUGAGUGUGCAAAAAAUGUUGAAUGAAGUU